AGUUGAUAACGGUGAUUCAGUGAUUGCGGUCGUGGUUUUUUUAAAUAUUAGAUUACAUUUAUUUUAUUUUAAAACAUGAUACAAAACACGAACUUACCGAUUUAGUGAUUGCUUAAACUGCCCUUCGUAGAAAAACCUAAAGUGAGAUCUCUUCCGGUCAUAAAACUGAGUGGACCACUUAUAAAUGGUCAAUGUUUUGUUUGAAACUUGUUUUGAGUGAUUUUUAGUGAAAAUGCCUUCCGGACAGAGGGAAACCACCGUAUCGGUGCCGCUGACGCCGACUCGGUCAGACCUGUACUGGCGCCGAAUAUUUUCAAAGUAUGACAAGGACAAGGACAACAAGAUCUCGUAUGUGGAGCUGAAGGGCAUCAUCGAGAGCCGCGAGUACGACCACGACCUGCCCGACUCCGUCGUCGACAAGAUCAUGACGCUCGCCGACAGAGACAACUCUGGGUACCUCGACUUUGCCGAGUUCGUGGAGAUGAUGCACAACCCGAUGCUGAAGCCGGUGUUCGGGCACUUCGUCGCCAGAUACGUGCACUCCAUCAUCCCGCAGAGGAACCCUGUUGAUACUACCGGCACGUGGCCCGGUUUCCGCUCGGUGUCGACGACUGACGGUGCCAGUGGACGCUCCAAGUGUUACUUCACGUAUACAGACGGCACCUACGAGGAGGAGUAUUCCUGCUGGCCUCCAGCAGUCUGCAUGAUCAUCAUCUCUCUCGUGGAGAUCGUGCUGUUCUGCUACGACGCGGCGCAAGGCAAGACCGACGCGACGGGACCCAUCGCCAAGGUGUUCAUCUACAAUCCGCAUCGGAGGGACCAGGCGUGGAGGUUCCUCACGUACAUGCUUGUGCAUGUUGGCGUGGUGCACCUACUCGUCAACCUCCUCGUGCAACUCUUCCUCGGCGUCCCGCUGGAGAUGGUGCACCGCUGGUGGCGCGUGCUGCUGGUGUACGCGGCGGGCGUGGCGGCGGGCUCGCUAGCCACUUCCCUGACAGAUCCAAGGGUUUAUCUAGCGGGCGCGUCGGGAGGAGUUUAUGCGCUUAUUGCCGCGCAUAUUGCUACUAUUAUUAUGAACUGGAAAGAGAUGGAGUUCGCGAUAGUGCAGCUCCUCGUGUUCGUACUGCUGGCGGGCGUGGACGUGGGCACGGCGGUGUACGACCGCUACUGGCGCCACCUGCAGCAGAACAUCGGAUACGUGGCGCAUCUCGCGGGCGCUGUCGCUGGUCUCCUGGUCGGCAUCGGCGUGCUCCGCAACCUGGAGAAGCGCAAGUGGGAGAAGCGGCUGUGGUGGGCGGCCGUGCUGCUCUACUUCGCGCUCAUGGCCGGUGGUGUAUUAGCCAACAUACUGUGGAAGGAACACUUUGUGGGCGCGCGGUGAACGAGUGUGAUGUUUGUCGUUAUGUAUUUUAGUGUAAUAGGUGACAUUUGAGAGCAGGGUUAAUGUAGGUUGCAUAAACGAAGUUUCAGAGCGCUAAUUGUCAAACUAUAGUAACUCAAGAUGGAGAACGAGUGUCGUAUUUGCAGUUUUGUAAAUGGUUCUAUUAGUCUAUAGUUCAGUUUUGAGAGCAGCAACGAUGUAUUUGAAAUUAGAGUGAGAUUCUUGAGAUAUUUUAAAUGUGAGCCAUGAACAAUAUAAUUACUAUAUUGAUGUCGAUUCUGAAGGCAGAAAUUCUAAUUUUAAUGCUGUCAAACUAAAAAUUUUGCUAGCAUAAAAUGUCAAUACGGA